GGGAAACUGUCUCCUCUUGCCUCGUCAUCGCCGUUGCUGUCAGAGUGGGUCGGAAACGGGGACCGACGGUAGUACACAAUCGCUUGACUGUAAACUAUGCAAAUUGCUCUGGUUUGAGGUCAGCGAUAGUUCUAGUUGUGUGCGCUGUGGAAUUCUGCGUCGUGCACACACACAAGAAAUUGCACGGGGCAUAACUACAACAAGCUAUUUACAUCAAUCUAACGACAGGCCAGGCACGUCAAGGACUGCUGCUGCCCAGCCCGGUGAUCAGAGCUCGCGAUGCGUGAAUACAAACUGGUGGUGUUGGGCUCAGGAGGAGUGGGGAAGUCUGCACUGACGGUGCAGUUUGUGCAGGGGAUAUUUGUAGAGAAAUAUGAUCCCACCAUAGAGGACUCCUACAGGAAGCAAGUCGAGGUUGAUGGACAGCAGUGUAUGUUGGAGAUCCUGGACACAGCAGGCACAGAGCAGUUUACGGCUAUGCGUGACCUCUACAUGAAGAACGGUCAGGGUUUCGCACUAGUCUACUCCAUCACGGCACAGUCGACCUUCAACGACCUCCAGGACCUCCGAGAACAGAUCCUACGAGUCAAGGACACAGAGGACGUGCCUAUGAUCUUGGUGGGUAAUAAGUGUGAUCUUGAGGAUGAGCGGGUCGUGGGGAAGGAGCAGGGCCAGAACUUGGCUCGCCAGUGGAACCACUGCGCGUUCCUGGAGAGCUCAGCGAAGGCCAAGACCAACGUGCUCGAUAUCUUCUAUGACCUGGUCAGACAGAUUAACAGGAAAACUCCGGUGGAGAAGAAGAAAGCCAAGAAGAAGAGCAACUGCACUCUUCUGUAGCCACGCCCACUACACACACACACACACGCCCACGCACUCAGAGUGCCGUGUUGAAGUUUGGCCCAUUGGAACGAGCAGCAUCUCCAGCCUGUGGAGUAAAGCAGAAGGCUGACAGACCUGGAAGAGGAGGAGGAAGGAGAGGGAAAAAAGAGGAGGAGGAGAGGAGAGGAAGAGAGGAAAAGGGGGGUGGAGAGGAGAGGUGGAGGAGGAGGAGGAGAAAAGGAAGCAUCAGACCUACAGCUGGAUUCCUCCGGGUCUUACACACACACACACACACACACACACACACACACACACACACUUAAAAAUAA